AAAUCCAUAGCAACGAGAGAAGCCAAAAUCGGCCAUUUGCAGUUCAAACAACUGGAAGUGUGCAUUUCACCACUGCGGUUUAGUGGAAUUUUUCUUCUUAUCCGUUGUUUUAAGCAAACAUUAGACAGAAAAAGAGGUUCAUUGGAGGUUUUGGAUACACGUUAUAUGGUGCUCUGCAUUUGAAAUAAGUGAGGAUGGCUGAAAUUCAGCCUAGCCCACGAACGAAUGGGGGCAGCAAGGGAAAGGGUACAAAUGAUCCCAUUAGAUUCCUUCCAGUUUUACCGUCAAAGAGGACAAAACCACAGUGGGAGCAAAAUCCACCUUCCUUUGUGCUGUCUGGAAAAGCUCCUGAAGAUGAUGGAAAAGAUCAUAUUGACUUGAUUGGUGAAUUAACAGCAAGAGAUCCAAAGAGAAGGAAGCCAAACAAACUGAAACCAAUAGAGAAACAAAAUGGUGCUGAUGUUACACAGUUCCAACAACCAAAAAAAGACAGGGAAAAUUUCAGGAAAGCCCUUGUUGACAUCAUUAUGCAAGAAGAGGGUCUACCACACAGUUCAACAGCCUCUGUUAAUGGAGAGUUACAGCCCUUGUCAAGGACUGGCACACCAACAUCUGCUGAAAAAGACAUUCUUAGAUAUUAUUACUACAUUCACCAUGGUAUAGACACAGAACAUGUAGCCCCCAUGGAGGACUCCUGGCUGGAAAACGUCCUCAGUUUAAUCUCUUCAGAAUUAAAGGAUGGACAUCUAGAGACUAUAGACAACCUGUCGGAUGAGAUGAGAGAAGAUUAUCUACUUAGUGUGAAGAAAGCAAUUGUUGACUUUGUACUGAAAGAUCCACGUGAGAAAGAUGAUGACAAGAAAGUACAACUUCUACCACACAGAGAGGAGCUUGAGGUGGUACCCAAACCCUGGAACAGGUCCUACUUGCUGGGCCUCGAUCUGAUGUCACAUAACCUGCAUGUGACCAACCCUUGUAUGCUGCAGGUCCUUGACCUGUGGCAUGUCUCAUUUGGACGUCUGAGGUUUAUUGACAUAGAAGAGUUCCAUAACAGACCGGACUCAAUGGAACUUGGCGGAUUCCAGAACCUCUGUAUGAGACACAUUGAAGCUGCGAAGGAAAAACUUCUUAAAAAGUGGUUCCCAGAAGUGCAGAACAUUUUCUAUCAGGGAAACAAGAGGAAGCAGGUACCCAGCAAUCAGGAUCAGGAGAAGCUUGAAUCCUUCUUCAACUGUGCAGCAACCCUGAUGACAGAAAAUCUACAACAGUUGAGUCUGCUGUCACUAAGUGACUAUCAGGACCUUCUCGUUCAGCCACCUACAUCAACAAGAGCCUAUGAGCAUCCUGGUUUCAUCAUGAGACUGAUCCUGGACAACACACAGAUCAAGUUUGAGCCUACUUUCAAGGACUUUGAGGUGGUCCUUCUCAACGUGUUUGAUGUAAUGAUCAAAGCCUCACAGGUGGUUCCACGCGUUGAGACCAAACUCUACUCAGAAUGGAGUGGAGACAAAUCUAAGGCCACACUGAAGCCAGUUAUACUAGAAGAUAUCCUGGAAGGUCACAAGGAACAUGUCCGAGAACUCAUCAAACAAGAAUCUGUCGGUCCAAUUGAACAUUGCAAAAUCUAUGACAAAUACAACUUCCUCAUCUCAAAGCAGGCUGAGGCUGAUGUUGAGCAGUUUCUCAAGGAGACACACACAUUUGAUGAAUACAAGAAGGAAGUGGAGAAAUUCCACAGACUGGUUGAGGAAAUCACAUACAACUCAAUAAAGAGUGGCCGGGGCAAGAUUUUGAGACUGGGCAUGUUUGAACUACACUGUGAUGACCUAGUUCGAGCACUGUCAAAGCGUGCAGACACAUUGUGCACAAAAUUACUUGGUAGAAUGGCCAAAGACCACCAAGAGGAAAACAAGAUGCUGUGUGAUGACUAUGAACAAAUUGCUGAGAAGGCUCUGACAACACCUUCAAACACUGAACAGUUGAUGGAACUGAAACAAUACAUUGAGAAAGUUGAGUCUGACAUCAUCUUCACAAUGGAGAAACGUUUAUACCAAUCCCAGGAAAGGCUGUCAUUCUUGUCAGAUUUUGCACAGUUCUCGCCAGCGGAAAUCCGUCUCAACGCCAAUGUGUUUAUGUGGCACGGCAGAAUGCCGGCAAUAUUUGAAGAGCAUAAAUUGAUCGUGUCUGAGAAGAGAUCUCAGUAUGAAGAUGCAUUGAAGUUGAGAAGAGACAGAUUUGUUGAAGAGCUAGAGAGCUAUGCCAAGCAGAUAGAAGAAUUUUCUACUUUCGGUGAUAUGUCAGAGAUCCAGAAAUACCUUCGUAAAUCUCAGGCCCUGGAUAACAAACUGCAAGCUGCAGCGGAAAAGAUUGAAGCAUUCAAUGCUGAAGAAGAGGCGUUUGGUUGGCAGACGACAGCGUAUCCACAAAGACAACAGAUUCUUACCACACUGAAACCAUAUCAACAGUUGUAUGAAACAACAGUAGAAUUCAACAACAAAUACAAAGACUGGAUGGAAGGUCCAAUGACUGGAGUUGAUCCUGAUGAUGUUGAAAACGAGGUUGGCAACUUCUGGAGAGGUCUGUACAAGUUGGAGAAAGGAUUUGAAAAUGUUCCUGCUGCAAAGAAGAUUGCUGGCAAGGUGAAAUCAAAAGUAGAAGAGUUUAGAGAGCACAUGCCUCUGAUUGGUACCCUGUUCAAUCCAGGUCUGCGUGAACGUCACUGGGAAUCAAUCAGUGAAAUUGUCGGAUAUACUCUGAAGCCGGAUGACAGCUACUGUCUGUCACGUUUUGUUGACAUGAACCUUGAUCAGUUUAUACCAAAGUUUGAGUCCAUCAGUGAGGCAGCCAGCAAGGAAUAUUCACUCGAGAAAGCCAUGGAUAAGAUGAAGACGGAAUGGACUGAUAUUGAGUUUGUGAUCAUCCCAUACAGAGAUACUGGGACCCAGAUCUUGUCCUCAGUUGAUGAUAUCCAGCUUCUACUGGACGAUCAUAUUGUCAAAACACAGACAAUGAGAGGCUCUCCCUUUAUCAAGCCUUUUGAAAAUGAAAUCAAAGAUUGGGAGGGCAAGCUGAUGCUUUUACAGGACGUUCUGGAUGAAUGGUUGAAGGUUCAAGCCACCUGGCUUUACCUGGAGCCCAUCUUCAGCUCCCCGGACAUCAUGGCUCAGAUGCCAGAGGAGGGACGUAGGUUCACGACCGUCGACAAGAACUGGCGUGACAUCAUGAAAACUGCUGUUCUAGACAAACAUGUGCUUGAAGUGAUCAAGAUUGACAAGCUCUUAGAGAGACUGAAGAAAUCUAAUGAGCUUUUAGAAUUGAUUCAAAAGGGUCUGAACGACUACCUGGAGAAGAAGAGAUUGUACUUCCCGAGAUUCUUCUUCCUGUCCAACGACGAGUUGCUUGAGAUUUUGUCUGAGACCAAAGAUCCCAAGAGAGUACAGCCACAUUUGAAAAAAUGUUUUGAGGGUAUUGCCAGACUAGAGUUUACUGACGUCCUUGAUAUUACACACAUGUUGAGUAGUGAAGGAGAAGUUGUGGAACUGAGAGAUACGAUCUCAACAUCAAAGGCUAGAGGUCAAGUGGAGAAGUGGUUGCUUGAGUUGGAAAGUGACAUGAUUGCUUCACUACAUAAGGUGACAGGAGAGGCUUUAGAAGCCUACACCAAACAGCCGAGAGAUGCUUGGGUAAAAAUCUGGCCAGGUCAGUGUGUCUUAGCUGUAACAGCUAAAUACUGGACCACGUAUAUACACGAGGCUAUCCGUAAAGGUGGCAACGCUCUUAACGACUAUCUCGAUGUUAACAACAAACAGAUUGAUGAAAUUGUCGCCAUGGUGAGAGGGAAAUUGUCCAAACAGAAUCGUACAACACUUCAGGCUUUGAUUGUAUUGGAUGUACACGCUAGAGACGUGUUGGCUAACCUUGCCGCCACAGGAAUCAGCAGCGAGUUUGACUUCAGCUGGCUAAGUCAGCUCAGAUACUACUGGGAGGAUGAGCGUAUGAUAACUAGAAUGAUUAAUGCCAUGUUGAAGUACGGUUAUGAGUACCUGGGAAAUACAGGACGUCUUGUCAUCACACCAUUGACUGACAGAUGUUACAGAACCUUGUUCGGAGCCUUACAGCUGCAUCUUGGUGGUGCCCCAGAAGGUCCAGCCGGGACAGGCAAGACUGAGACAACCAAGGAUCUUGCCAAGGCCGUCGCCAAGCAGUGUGUAGUGUUCAACUGCUCAGAUGGUCUCGAUUUCAUAGCCUUGGGUAAAUUCUUCAAGGGUCUUGCAUCAUGUGGAGCUUGGUCUUGUUUUGAUGAGUUUAACAGAAUUGAUCUCGAAGUGUUGUCUGUGGUCGCCCAGCAGAUUCUGACCAUCCAGAGAGCUAUUAACAGUGGAUCAGACACCCUGGUAUUUGAGGGUACAGAACUGAGGUUAGAUCCGACAUGUUCUGUGUUUAUCACAAUGAACCCCGGUUAUGCUGGAAGAUCUGAGUUACCUGAUAACCUCAAAGCUUUGUUUAGAACAGUGGCUAUGAUGGUACCGGACUAUGCUAUGAUUGCCGAGAUCUCGCUAUACUCUUGCGGUUUUGUCUCUGCUCGUCCUCUGUCCGUCAAGAUUGUGGCUGUAUACAGACUGUGCUCAGAACAGUUGUCCUCACAACAUCACUACGAUUACGGUAUGAGAGCUGUAAAAUCUGUACUCACUGCUGCUGGCAACCUAAAGUUGAAAUAUCCAGAAGAAAAUGAAAGCAUCCUUAUGUUGCGAUCAAUUAUUGACGUAAACUUGCCAAAAUUCUUGAGUCACGAUUUGCCGCUGUUUCAUGGUAUUACGUCUGACUUGUUCCCGGGGAUCAAGCUUCCUGAGCCAGACUACGAGGUUCUCAAUGAGCAUGUGAGAGACAACUGUCAGAAGGCCAAUAUUCAGUGUGUCGACUUCUUCCUUGAAAAGAUUCAACAGAUCUACGAGAUGAUGAUUGUACGUCACGGUUUCAUGAUUGUCGGUGAACCAUUUGGCGGUAAGACUUCCGCCUACAGGAUGUUAGCCAGUGCCCUUGCAGAUAUACAUGAAAAGGGGCUGAUGGAUGAAAACAAGGUGCAGAUUACAGUUAUCAACCCGAAGGCUAUCACAAUGGGACAGCUGUAUGGUUGUUUCGAUCCGGUCUCACACGAGUGGUCCGACGGUGUACUUGCCGUAUCAUACAGAGCCUUCGCUACAUCUACUACACCAGACAGGAAGUGGUUGUUAUUUGAUGGCCCAGUUGACGCUAUCUGGAUUGAGAACAUGAACACUGUACUGGACGACAACAAGAAACUUUGUCUGAUGAGUGGUGAGAUCAUUCAGCUUGCACCCACUACCAACCUCAUGUUUGAGCCCAUGGAUUUGGAAGUGGCGUCUCCAGCUACAGUAUCCCGCUGUGGUAUGAUUUAUAUGGAACCGUCGACUCUCGGCUGGCGGCCACUAGUCAAAUCCUGGCUGAACGACAUGCCGUCGUCUCUGAACGACAUGUACAAGAGCACAAUUAAUGACUUGUUUGAACGCUUCUGUGAUGCCUGUAUCCAACUGGUCAGGAAAGGCGGAAUUAAGGAACUUGCGCCUACAACAGAUACCCAGGUUGUCAAAGGUUUAAUGAACCUUAUGGAUGUACAGAUGGACGAGUUCAAAGAUGAAGCAAAGAUCUCCCAGAUGGAGGAGAGGGAAAUCAUGACUUGGCUUGAGAGCAUCUUCUUCUUUGCACUGACAUGGUCUAUUGGUGGCUCGUGUACAGAUGAGGGACGUAUUAAGUUUGAUAAGCUGAUCAAAGAGCUCAUGUCUGGUGGUAUGACAGAGGAGACAAGAAUCAAACUCAGUCUGCCGGAGCUGGUGGAACCACCUAUGAAGCCAUACAUGAACCCAUUCCCACCUAAAGGUCGUAUCUAUGACUACAAGUUUGUCAAAGAGGGGGCAGGAAAAUGGGUACCAUGGACAGAGGAACUGAAAGACUCACCCCCAAUUCCGAAAGACGUCAUGUUCAACGAGAUCAUUGUACCGACUGUGGACACAGUACGUUACACGUACAUCAUGAACCUGCUUGUGCAGCACGGAAAAGCCGCCCUGUUUGUAGGACCAACUGGUACAGGAAAGAGUGUCUAUAUCACUGAUUUCCUGCUUCACAAGCUUGACAAGGAGAUGUACAAGCCAAACAUCAUCAACUUCUCGGCCCAGACAAGUGCCAACCAGACACAGAAUAUAUCAUGUCCAAGUUAGACAAAGAGGAAGGAAUGGGUGUGUUUUGGGUCCACCAUCUUUGGAAGGAAAGCUAUUGUAUUUGUGGAUGACUUGAACAUGCCAUUGCUGGAACAGUUUGGUGCACAGCCUCCGAUAGAGUUGUUACGUCAAUGGUUGGAUCACUGGACAUGGUACGACCUGAAAGACGUAGUCCCGCUCAAAUUGAUUGACAUUCAACUCAUUGCUGGAAUGGGUCCUCCAGGUGGUGGUCGUAACCCUGUGACACCAAGAUUUAUUCGUCAUUUCAACAUGGUGACAAUCAACGAGUUCGAUGAUGAUGCUAUGAUAACAAUCUUCAGAAAGAUUAUGGACUGGCAUAUUUCUUCAAGGGGAUUCAGUAAUGAGUUUAAGCCGUGUAUAGACCAGAUUGUACAGGGAACACUUCAUGUGUACAAGGAGGCUAUGAACCAGUUGUUGCCAACCCCAGCCAAGUCUCACUAUCUGUUCAACACUCGUGAUUUCGGCAGAGUUAUCCAGGGUGUGCUUCUCUCCACUCCGGAGACAAUGGAGGAACCAGCCUCUAUGAAGAGGCUUUGGGUGCAUGAGGUAUUCCGUGUGUACUAUGAUCGUCUUGUUGACGAUAAGGACAGAGACUGGUUGUUUAAUUUCACAAGAGAGACAUGUAAAGAGAAACUGCGUGAAGAUUUCGACCAGCUUUUCAUUCAUUUGGAUUUUGAUAAUGAUGGCAAAGUGACGGAGGAUGAUCUCCGUAGUUUAGUGUAUUGUGACUUUGCAGACCCUAAAUCUGACUCUAAACAUUACGUAGAAGUGAGAGAUCUGGAACAAUUACGACAUGUGGUGGAGGGAUAUCUUGAUGAAUUUAACAACAUGAGCAAGAAACCUAUGAACCUUGUGCUUUUCAGAUUCGCUAUUGAGCACGUAUCAAGAAUUGCACGUAUUAUAAAACAGCCACGUAGUCACGCCCUGUUGGUCGGUGUGGGCGGUUCCGGAAGACAGUCUGUCACAAGACUUGCUGCACACAUGGCGGAUUAUGAUCUUUUCCAGGUGGAGAUUUCCAAAUCUUACACAUCAGUGGAAUGGCGUGAAGAUUUAAAGCGAAUCUUGAGAAAGGCUACAGAGACUGACAACCAUGGUGUCUUCCUAUUCUCUGAUACACAGAUUAAACAAGAGUCAUUCCUUGAGGAUAUAAACAAUUUACUGAAUGCUGGUGAAGUUCCUAACUUGUACCCGCUUGACGAGAAACAAGAAAUCUGUGAGAAAAUGAGGCAGCUAGACAGGCAAAGGGAAAAGUCCAAGCAGACAGAUGGAUCACCUAUUGCAUUGUUUAACAUGUUUGUGCAGCGUGUGCGAGAUCAGUUACAUAUCUGUUUGGCAAUGAGCCCUAUUGGAGAGGCCUUCCGUAACAGACUGAGGAAAUUCCCGUCACUUGUGAACUGCUGUACUAUUGAUUGGUUCCAGUCUUGGCCAGAAGACGCUUUACAAGCCGUGGCAUCACGCUUCUUAGAGGAGGUUGAAAUGGAUGAAGAUGAGAGACAAGGCUGUAUAGACAUGUGUAAAUCAUUCCAUACCACAACACGCGAAUUGUCCGAAAGAUUUUUCCUGGAAUUGGAAAGACACAAUUAUGUGACACCAACAUCUUAUCUUGAGUUGAUCAACACAUUUAAAUCCUUGCUAGAUGUUAAACGAGGGAAUGUAAUGAAGCAGAAGAGACGUUAUGAAGUUGGUCUUGAGAAACUUGCAUCAGCUGGUUCCCAGGUAGCAGACAUGCAGAAAGAAUUGAUAGAUCUGCAACCACAGCUUAUCACGGCCAGUAAAGACGUUGACGAAAUCAUGGUCAUCAUCGAGAGGGACUCCAUUGAAGUCGCUAAAGUAGAGAAGGUUGUAAAAGCUGAUGAAGCAGUGGCUAAUGAGCAAGCUAAAGCUGCUAAAUCAAUUAAAGAUGAAUGUGACGCAGAGUUAGCCGAGGCUAUUCCGGCACUUAAUGCUGCCAUUGAGGCUUUGAACACCCUGACAACACAGGAUAUAACCAUUGUGAAGAGUAUGCAGAAACCACCGUCCAUUAUCCGUCUUGUGCUGGAGGCUGUCUGUGUUAUAAAAGGAAUCAAGCCUGACCGUAUACCUGACCCCAGUGGUUCUGGUAAGAAGAUAGAAGAUUACUGGGGACCAUCCAAGAAAAUGUUGGGAGAUAUGAAGUUUUUGGAAGGAUUGAUUAACUUUGACAAGGACAAUAUUUCUCCCGCCUAUAUGAAACAGAUUCGUUCAAAGUUUAUGACAAACCCGGACUUUGAGCCUGACAAAGUAAGAGUGGCUUCAACAGCUUGUGAGGGUCUGUGUAAAUGGGUGCGUGCCAUGGAUGUCUAUGACAGAGUGGCAAAAGUGGUUGCACCAAAGAAAGAAGCUUUGAAGAAAGCUAAUGGUGAGUUGGCAACAGCUAUGGCCGCCCUGGAGAAGAAAAGAGCCUCCUUGAAGGAAGUUCAGGACAAGCUUAACAAACUGACAGAGAAACUUGAGUUUAAUAAACAGAAAAAAGUGGACUUAGAGAACCAGGUGGAUAUGUGCACAAAGAAAUUGGCAAGAGCUGAACAGCUGAUAGGUGGUCUUGGAGGAGAAAAAGACAGAUGGGGACAAGCUGCCAAGGACCUGAAAGUGAAGUACACCAACUGUACAGGUGAUGUCCUUGUGUCAUCUGGAAUUGUUGCCUAUCUCGGAAGUUUCACUUCAGCUUUUAGAACAGACCAGAUUGAAGCCUGGAUAAAGUCAGUGAAAGAGAAAGGUAUACCUUGCUCCGAAGAUUUCUCCCUUAUAGCAACACUCGGAGAAGCAGUGAAAAUACGUGCAUGGAACAUUGCAGGUCUCCCAACAGAUCAGUUCUCAGUCGACAAUGGUAUCAUGUUGUCGAAUUCUCGACGAUGGCCAUUGAUGAUAGAUCCUCAAGGUCAGGCAAACAAAUGGGUGAAAAACAUGGAGAAGGCCAAUAACCUACAUGUAAUCAAACUGACCAACCCAGACUUUGUUAGAACACUUGAAAACUGUAUACAGUUUGGUACCCCUGUAUUACUUGAGAAUGUAGCAGAAGAAUUGGACCCAUUGUUAGAGCCUCUACUGUUGAAGCAGACAUUCAAACAAGGUGGCUCCCUCUGUAUCAGACUGGGUGACAGCACCAUAGAGUAUUCCCAGGACUUCAAGUUUUACAUUACAACAAAACUGAGAAACCCACACUACCUACCUGAAACAUCUGUCAAGGUAACUUUGUUGAACUUUAUGAUCACCCCUGAAGGGUUAGAGGACCAGUUACUGGGUAUUGUUGUGGCAAGAGAGAGACCGGAACUCGAGGAGGAGAAAAAUGCUCUCAUUUUACAGAGUGCUGAAAAUAAGAAGCAAUUAAAGGAAAUUGAGGACAAGAUCCUGGAGGUGUUGUCAACAUCUGAGGGUAAUAUUCUAGAAGAUGAAACAGCUAUCAAAGUGCUGUCCUCCUCUAAGGUGCUGGCUAAUGAGAUCUCAGAGAAACAGGCCAUUGCUGAAGAAACCGAGAAAAAGAUUGACACAGCUCGUCUAGGGUACAAACCGAUUGCCAUCCAUUCUACGAUCUUGUUCUUCUCGAUCGCCGACUUGGCAAACAUUGAGCCUAUGUACCAGUACUCUCUGAUGUGGUUUAUAAACCUCUUCUGUCUGUCAAUUGAAAAUGCUGAGAAGUCGGAAGACUUGAAGAAACGUCUCGACAACUUGUACCAUCAUUUUACCUACUCUCUCUACUGUAACAUCUGUCGAUCUCUGUUUGAGAAAGAUAAGUUGCUGUUUUCGUUCCUGCUGUGUGUAAACAUUCUCAAACAUAACAAAGAGGUUAACGAGGAAGAAUGGCGAUUCUUGUUGACGGGAGGUAUCGGUCUUGAAAAUCCCCACAGUAACCCAACAACAUGGUUACCUCAACAAUCCUGGGACGAAAUUUGUCGACUCGACGAUUUGCCGAUAUUCAAAGGCAUGAGAACAAAGUUCGUUACUUAUAAAGAUAUGUGGAAGGAGCUGUAUGAUAGUGUGGAACCUCAACAGUUUAAGAUACCAGGAGAGUGGGGCGAGAAACUCGGAAGUUUCCAGAACCUGCUUGUACUUAGAUGUCUGAGACCAGACAAGGUGGUACCUGCAAUCCAGGACUUCGUGACUGAGAAAAUUGGCAAGAAGUACAUUGAACCGCCUCCUUUUGAUCUACCGAAAGCUUUUGGUGACAGUAAUAACUGUGCCCCUCUCCUGUUUGUAUUGUCCCCUGGUGGUGAUCCGAUGUCAGCCCUGCUCAAGUUUGCUGAUGAUCAGGGUUUCGGAGGAGCGAAGUUUGACUCCCUUUCUCUGGGUCAAGGUCAGGGACCUAUAGCUCUCAGGAUGAUAGACAAGGGAACAAAAGAAGGUACAUGGGUCAUGUUACAGAACUGUCAUUUAGCUACUUCAUGGAUGACAACACUGGAAAAAAUUUGCGAGGAAUUGAAUCCAGAAACCACACAUCCUGAUUUCCGACUCUGGUUGACAAGUUACCCGUCAAACACGUUCCCCGUGUCCAUCUUACAGAAUGGUGUGAAGAUGACCAAUGAGCCUCCAAAAGGUCUCCGCUUUAACAUCAUGAGGUCGUACCUAUCUGAUCCCAUCUCCGACCCAGAGUUCUUCAACUCUGUCGAGAAAAACAAGCAUGCAUGGAAAAAGUUGCUAUUUGGCUUGUGUUUCUUCCAUGGAAUUAUUCAGGAGCGCAGGAAGUUCGGACCGCUUGGUUGGAAUAUUCCUUACGAGUUUAACGAAACAGAUUUACGUAUCAGUGUCCGACAGUUAAACAUGUUCCUUAAUGACUACGAUGAUGUCCAGUAUGAUGCAAUCCGUUACUUGACUGGCGAGUGUAACUACGGAGGUCGUGUAACUGACGACCGAGAUCGACGUACCCUACACAGCAUCAUGAAUAAGUUCUACUGUCCCGAUAUUAUAGAGAAAGAUGAUUACUACUUUGACUUGUCAAAACAUUACUACGCUCCUCCUGAUGGAGAGCAUGACUCGUACAUAGAAUACAUCAACAAUUUACCACACAAUGCUAAACCAGGAAUCUUCGGUAUGCACGACAAUGCAGAUAUUACCAAGGACCAGAAAGAGACUCGAACUCUCUUUGAAAACAUCCUCCUAACUCAGGCAAGAGCUUCAUCCGGUGGUGGUCGCUCAACUGAUGACAUAGUGGAUGAAGUGGCGGCUGACAUUCUAUCAAAAUUGCCGCCAAAUUUUGACACAGACUCGGCACUUCGUAAAUUCCCAACAUCGUACAGUCAGAGCAUGAAUACUGUAUUGGUCCAGGAAAUGGUCCGGUUUAAUCGGCUUUUAAUAGUGAUCCGUAGCAGUCUGGCAAAUAUCAGAAAGGCCAUCAAGGGUCUUGUGGUUAUGUCUGCUGACCUUGAAGAAGUGACCUUGAGUAUCUUGAAGGGGAAGAUUCCGGGCAUGUGGAUGAAGAGAUCGUACCCCUCAUUGAAACCUCUUGGUUCCUAUGUCAGUGAUUUCUUGCAAAGAUUAACUUUCCUACAGGACUGGUUUGAAAAUAACGCUCCAACAAUUUUCUGGAUCUCUGGGUUCUACUUCACCCAGGCUUUCUUGACGGGUGCUCAGCAGAACUUUGCCCGUAAAUACACCAUACCUAUUGACUUGCUCACGUUUGACUAUGAAGUGCUAGAAGAUAAAGAUUAUGACACCCCACCUGAAGAUGGUGUUUAUGUGAAGGGAUUGUUUGUGGAAGGAGCAAGAUGGGAUCGCAAGACCAAACUACUAGGAGAAUCAUUGCCCAAGAUUCUGUUUGACCCCAUGCCUGUGAUCUGGGUGAAACCAUGCAAGAAACAGGACUUAAAUGAAGAGGGAGUUUAUCAUAUUCCAGUGUACAAAACAAGUGAACGUCGUGGCGUGUUGUCCACAACUGGACAUUCCACCAACUACGUUAUCGGGAUGUUAGUCCCGACAGACAAACCCGAAGACCAUUGGGUUCAACGAGGUGUGGCUCUACUCUGCCAGCUUGAUAACUAAAGCUUGCGGAGUCAAACAAAUGUCACAAAAAUCCUCAAAAUUUGUCUUGUAUCGUUUGGAUAUAUCGAUAAAAUUAUGAACUUUUAUUCCAUAUAAAAACAAAGAAUAACCAUUUUUUCGAAAUUUAAACAUAUUAACAAAGUCAACUAACUUUGAAAGAUAAAAUACAUAUAUCCACAUGCAGGGCACCCAAUUGGUAUUUGUUUUUGUCUAUAAAUAAAACAUGGGUCCUAUUUUGAUCCAGUUUGGUGGAGUGACCAAUAUUUUGACUGUACAGUGUUUCAUAUAUUUUAAAUGGACUUAUAUUUAUUUUGUUUUUAAUAUUUGAUUAAGAAAUGCAUUUAUAUAUAUAUUGUGAUAUAUUACACACUAACUUUAACACACGAUAUACAUGUACAUGUGAUUGGAUCUUUCUGAAAAGUUUCAUGAAGUUCAUAUUUUGUGCUGAUGCGUUCUGCACUGUGAUGAAGUGACUUUUUUUGUGCUAUAGUGUAUUUUUCAUACUUCGACGCCAUUCCGUCCAGAAAAUAUUUUCCAUCCAGAUUGUGAAGUAUUUAUGCGUCACAGUAUUUUUACAGUUUUAUAAAUCCAUAUAUAUGUAAUGAAAUUCUAUUGUGUUAUUGUAUUGUAUAAAUAAUAAGCAAAGUGUUAGUCUGUUUGACCAGAGCAGCAUUAAAGAAUUUUACAAAAUGCUCUCAAAAUAAAAAAAAUAAAAAAAUUAAAAAAAUGCUGAAAAGCUGGUAUUAUUUUAAAGUAGAACAUCAAAUUUUGGAUAAAGAACAUCUUUUUCUGAAAUAAGUUUGCCAAAAACAAAGCACAAAUUUUAGAACACACCAUUUAUACAAUAAUGACAAUAGAUACCUAUGUGAUAUAUUAUAUUGUUGUUUGUUGGUUCAAACUUGUCUGUGAUAAUAUUUUUGUAAAUAUUUUUAUGUGAUGUUUUUUUUUUAAAUCAAUAUGAUCAUAUAUAUACAUUUCUGGAGUAUUUUCUAACAGGCUUAUCAGUUGUAAGCAUUUGACUUUUGAUGAAAAGAGAAAGUUCAGCACAGGGUUAAAUAGAAUUGUGUUACUUGGUGUAAGUCUGUAGUGACACCCUGCUGUCCCUAAUUAUAUUUAAUAGACUAUAUUUUCACAUAGGAUGGAAUAUUCUAUUCCACCCAGCAGGGAGUGAAAAGGGAGACAGCCUUGUUUCCAGGGAUAUGCUAGCUUAACUUACACUAUUUAUUAACAUUGACUGGCUGCUGAAGGUCGAGUAUUAACACAUGAUAAUUAUUAUCUGGUCCAGUUACAAUGUUUGUAUUUAUGUUUUCUCAAUAAAGCUAAAGAAAAUUGUG